CCCGUCCCUGUCCUGCCCGCUAGGUGGCGGUGUAACUACAUCGUCGUGUUUCCCCGUUUCUUUGUGCAGUCGAAGAAGCCAAGAUGGCAGCCACCAUGAAGGGACCCGUAGCGGUUGAAGACGUGAACGUGACGUUUGAAGACCAACAGAAGAUCAAUAAAUUCGCCAGAAACACGAACCGGAUGACGGAACUGAAGAAGGAGAUAGAGGCGAAGAAAAAAUCGCUGCAGAACCUUCAGGACGCGAGCGAUGACCUGAUGAUGUUAGACGACGACACUCUAUUGAUCCCUUAUCAAAUUGGGGAUGUCUUUAUCAAUCACACCCAGGAGGAAACACAGGAGAUGCUGGAGGCUGCAAAGGAAGCACUCGAGCUGGAGGUCAAGGGUCACGAGGAGCGGGUGUCGGCGAUACAGGAUGUGUUGGGGGGUCUGAAGAUCCAGCUCUAUGCCAAGUUUGGUAACAACAUUAACCUGGAGGCAGAUGAAAGCUGAGCUCUCUAAUGGACAUUGAUAGCUGCCCCACUGUGGACUUUUUUUUUUUUUUAUUUGUGUGUGCGUGCAGCUCUUGUAUCACUUCCACUGAUUGUUUGCAGAACAAAAAGGACUCGGCAUGAACCGCUUAGAUCUGUAGCUCCUGCCUUUUGUUUGCACAGCUGAUCAGUCUCCAGUUUGAGUGUUGGUAAACGUAUUCACAAGGACAACAAAGGUAAAUAUUUGGCGUCUAAAUAAAUGCAAAUCAUGUCAAACAUGAA